GAUUGAGUCUAGUUUCCGCAACGCAUUUGGAUUUCGCGCUACCUGUGUCCAGUGUUGAUUGUCAGAUUAUCGUUAUCUCACAGCCGCAUUGUUGCUUAUUAUUUUUUUACCCUCAUUGAUGGAUACAGUGAAGUAUAUUUUGGUUACUGGUGGGGUUAUCAGCGGGAUCGGCAAAGGUAUUAUCUCUAGCAGCAUCGGGACUAUCUUGAAAGCAUACGGAUGGAAUGUUACGUGCAUCAAAAUUGAUCCUUAUUUAAACAUCGAUGCUGGUACCUUCUCCCCCUUUGAACAUGGAGAGGUGUACGUUCUGGAUGAUGGAAGUGAAGUUGACCUUGAUCUGGGAAAUUAUGAAAGAUUUUUGAAUAUAACAUUGACCAAAGAUAAUAACAUUACAACGGGUAAAAUUUAUCAGAAAGUAAUCGAAAAAGAACGUCGUGGAGAUUACCUUGGGAAAACAGUACAAGUUGUCCCGCACAUCACAGACGCUAUUAUUGAGUGGGUCACAAAUGUUUCUCGAAUUCCAGUAGAUGAAAGUGGUUCAACCCCAGAGGUAUGCAUCAUUGAACUUGGUGGUACGAUCGGCGAUAUUGAAUCUAUGCCAUAUGUUGAGGCCUUCAGACAAAUGCUUUUUCGAGUGGGAAGUGUCAAUUUUUGUUGCGUGCAUGUCAGUCUAGUACCUCAGCUUCAGUCUGUCGGAGAACCUAAAACCAAACCUACCCAAGUUAUUGUUUCCUUAGAUGUUAGUGAUUUAUAUGAAGUGCCUUUACGAUUAAAUGAUCAAAAUUUAUGCUCAAUUCUACUGGAGCAUUUCCAAUUGAAUCCUAAACUACACAUUGAAUAUCCAAUUCUUGGGAAAUGGAGAGCAUUGACUCGUCAAAUGGAGCUGGCAUCGGAAAUUGUCCAUAUAGCUAUAGUUGGAAAAUAUACCAAACUUAGUGACGCUUAUUUGUCAUUAUUGAAGGCUCUUCGUCAUGCUGCAAUUUAUACAAAUUUAAAACUGGAUCUUUCACUUGUGUGUGCUGAGGAUCUCGAAGAAAACACCCGUAUCGUAAGUCCAGAUGCAUUUCAUCAAGCUUGGCUCACUUUGAGUAACUCCAAUGCUGUUGUUGUUCCUGGAGGUUUUGGUCAACGGGGUGUCGACGGGAAACUAGCUGCUAUACGCUUCUGUCGAGAAAGAGGUGUGCCGUUUUUGGGUCUUUGUUUGGGCCUCCAAUGUGCUGUGAUUGAAUUUUCCAGAAAUGUACUUGGUUGGAAAGACGCUAAUUCCACAGAAUUUGACCCAAAUACCACUCAUCCAGUGAUCAUCGAUAUGCCUGAACAUAAUUCCGGAAUUAUGGGUGGAACAAUGCGACUUGGUCGACGCCGUACAUUGUUGUAUCUAUCGGAAAUCUCUAAAUCAUACUUACAACGUACCUACAAAUGUUCAGAACUUAUAUGUGCUCACUUAGAUUCACAAUCAAAUGUUUUAUCUGAAUGUAGAGCGAAUGAUUCAUACACGUCAUCGACAACCGUUUGUUCAGAUAGUAUAAUGCAUCGGUUAAUUAAUGCACCAUAUUUUGAUGCGCGUCAUCGGCAUCGGUAUGAAAUAAAUCCAAAAUAUGUCGAUCAACUGGAAGAAUCAGGGCUUAUUGUUGUUGGUCGAGAUGCAGAAGUUGGCAAUCGUAUGGAAAUCAUUGAGCUGUUGCAACCUUUGCAUCAUUUUGAAAGCGAUUCGAAUUUAGAAAAUAAAUGUCCUACUCGACAUCCUUUCUUCGUAGCUACUCAGUUCCAUCCUGAAUAUACAAGUCGACCGACUCAUCCAUCAAUUUUCUUUGUUGGACUUGUAUUAGCUGCAUCUAAACGUUUAAGUGCUUAUGUUCACAAUCCUUUUCGACUUAGUCCUACUCAGUUUGUAUUGGAUGAGGAUGAUAAGAAAGAUACUGUGGAUCUAUUUAAAAUAAGUCCAUCUAAAAAACUAAAGGAUACAGUCAGCCACUGCAGUAGGGAAUCUACCAGUACCUGCAUUAUGGAUUCAAUCGAUAGCAGUAAAGUGACAAGCUCAGUCAACACUGAUUUUUAAGAGGAGUUGACACUAGUUUUUCAGUGAGGUUUUUUUUUUCUAUCUCAUCCUUUUUCAAUAGUUUUUUAUGCUCGUGUAAAACCACGUGUUAUAGAUUCGUUCUGUCUUUUUACCUAUCACUGGGCAAAAUGUAUGAACCUACCUUGCUUAUCACAAUUGAUAUUCGUGGUCUAUUUAUGAUAUCAUGGUGAAUUAUUGAUACGUACUGAUUAGUUGUUUUACUGUAUGGGAUGAAAUAGUAUUCCAGUGCUUAAUUUCCAGUGUCUGUCAGCUAAUAUCAAGUUUUAAUUCUUUUUUUUUCAUUUAUGAGUUCAGUAUUUAAGAGUAGUUUUUGGUUUUGCUUUAUCCGUGGAACCAAUUUUAGACUUUGCCAGUAUUUUUGAUGUAUCGGAUCAAUUUUUGACACAUGCAACAGCUUAGAUAACUCUGUUAAUAUGAAGUGAGUUUCGACAUCAAAAUUUAUCGUAUAAUUUAGUCUUCAAUAUUAAGACAAUUAGUCUGGGAUUUUUAUCAUCCCAUUAUCUUGAAAAUCUGUCUCAAAGAUUUUAUUAACUAAAAUGAGUAAAUAUAAUCUUUGUUAUGCUUUUCAUUGGUAAGAAACUCGGUUGAGAAGUAACAUAGUAACUUACUAAUUGGCGACUUCUGAAUAUGUUGUUCAAAUCAUUUAUUAUAGUAAGGGUUUUUGUGUAUAUUUGGUUGUCAUCAUGACCAAUAGUUGGCUACUCGAUAGACGGUGCAUAAAAAUAUAAUAUGGUCGAUCGAAAAUCACUUAAAAACUGAACUGUUGACGCGAAUCCGCGAAUGAGCUGGCACCAAAUCCAGUGAUUGUCAUACGUAUAGAUGUGAAUGCAGGAGCUUUGUAGAGAGUGGCAAACCUUCGUAGUUUACAUCAUGAACUGAUAUUAGAUAAACCGCCACUGAAAACUAGGAAUUAUUGAACAACUGUUUUGUCCUAGGGUGGGAUUCUGCGGUGUAAACUAUAAGAGUUCACCGAUCUCCACAAAAUCUCUGUACUACUAAUAAUUCCACAUUCACUAGUGCUUAACUUUUAGAGCCGACGCUUCAAGUCCUAGAAGGAAACCGUGACUAGUAGUGUACAACCAUAUUGGAUGUAAAACAGUUAUCCACCACAAGUAGUGAAAAAUGGUUGCUAAAUAUUGCAAAUUGAAUGAAGUUAUUAGGUAUCUACACAACUGGGUUUCUGCUCAGUGCUCUGCAGGUUAAGUGUUCGCGCGCGGGACCGAAAGACAUGGGUUCGACUCCUUGUGAUGAAGUCACAGAUGAUUACUAUCGAUGAGUUCCGUACAGGAACGAAAUAGCUGUCCAGUAUCCCCUGUUUAUGUAAGAAUAAGAUCCAAUCACCAAUUAUUAGAAUAGUAGGUGGGUGUAUUCGUUGUUGUUCUGAGAUUUAAUUUUAUUACUUCAACUCAUAUCCCUCUUGUUUAUUUUUCGAUGUCUUUCUAUUUCUGUUUAUCAUCUUUUAGUGUACUGUCGUCGUUGUGCUGUGAAUGUCCGGUUUUUAUUUAAAUCCUUCUUAGACUAGUAAACUUAGUUUUAAUUGAAACUCCACCUUUUUGUGUUCCAGAAAUUUUAAUUACGUACUUCACUUCUUAAAGAAAAAAUGCCAAGUAACUGAUUACAAGGAAUGUAGUUUUCUGUAAUGUAAAUCAAUCAAGGAAAUUCAUCGUAUACUAAUAACUAUUGUUGAUAGAAGAGAUUUAUUUUUAUAUGAAUAAUUAUUUUUCAUCUGAAAUAAAAUAAAGAGAUUCUAUCAAAGAAGAGUAAUGCUGUUUGAUACGUUUAUCGCCUUCUAAUUUUGUACUAAGCCAAUGUAAAUUGUUCGGAGCACAUUUUCCUACCCAUAUUAUACGUCAAUUUUCUCUAUGGUUCAUGUUGUUUUUCUUUUUUUUCGUCGUAUUAAAAUUUUUUCCAUAAUUAUCCACAUUUGACAUUUUUCUCAAAGAUGAACAGGCUUAAUUAUUUAAUCACGUCUUUAUUAAAUGAGUCAUACAAAUUUUAAAGUGGUAAAGUAACUCAUAUCUUCAAUGCAUUUGAUUUCUUACAAAUUCCAUUGUAAGAUUUGGAAAUAAAAUAAGCUAAGUUUACUAUAUUGUCGUUGUUUGUUUCUCUUUCAAAUACAGUACAUGG